CGCCCCGCGCUAGCCCCCCGCCCGCCAAGGCCAUGGCCAGCCACGUGGACCUGCUGACCGAGCUGCAGCUGCUGGAGAAGGUGCCCACGCUGGAGCGGCUGCGCGCUGCCCAGAAGCGCCGGGCCCAGCAGCUGAAGAAGUGGGCCCAGUAUGAGCAGGACCUGCAGCACCGCAAGCGCAAGCACGAGCGGAAGCGCAGCGCGGGCGGCCGAAGGAAGAAGGUGUCCUUCGAGGCCAGCGUGGCCCUGCUGGAGGCCUCCCUGAGGAACGACGCCGAGGAAGUACGCUACUUCCUGAAGAAUAAGGUCAGCCCUGAUCUGUGCAAUGAGGACGGACUCACAGCCCUGCACCAGUGCUGCAUCGACAACUUUGAGGAGAUUGUCAAGCUGCUGCUGUCCCACGGUGCCAACGUGAAUGCCAAGGACAACGAGCUGUGGACGCCCCUGCAUGCGGCGGCCACCUGCGGCCACAUCAACCUGGUGAAAAUCCUCGUUCAGUAUGGGGCCGACUUACUUGCUGUCAACUCAGACGGGAACAUGCCAUAUGACCUCUGCGAGGAUGAGCCCACCCUGGAUGUCAUCGAGACGUGCAUGGCCUACCAGGGCAUCACCCAAGAGAAAAUCAAUGAGAUGCGGGCGGCUCCUGAGCAGCAGAUGAUUGCAGACAUCCACUGUAUGAUCGCGGCGGGCCAAGACCUUGACUGGAUAGAUGCCCAGGGCGCCACACUGCUGCACAUAGCUGGAGCCAAUGGAUACCUGCGGGCAGCUGAGCUCCUCCUGGACCAUGGGGUGCGCGUGGACGUGAAAGACUGGGAUGGCUGGGAGCCUCUGCAUGCGGCUGCCUUCUGGGGACAGAUGCAGAUGGCAGAGCUAUUGGUGUCCCAUGGGGCCAGUCUCAGUGCUAGGACAUCCAUGGAUGAGAUGCCAAUAGACCUGUGUGAGGAGGAGGAAUUCAAAGUCUUGCUGUUGGAGCUCAAACACAAGCAUGACGUGAUCAUGAAGUCACAGCUGAGACACAAGUCAUCCUUGAGCCGGAGGACAUCUAGUGCAGGGAGCCGUGGGAAGGUGGUGCGUCGAGCCAGCCUGUCGGACAGGACCAACCUGUACAGGAAAGAGUAUGAGGGAGAGGCCAUCCUGUGGCAGCAGCGGAGCACCGCAGAGGACCAGCGAACCUCCACCUACAACGGAGAUGUCAGGGAGCCCAGGACAGACCAAGAGAAUAAGGACCCAAACCCCCGGCUGGAGAAGCCCGUGCUGCUCUCCGAGUUUUCCACCAAGAUCCCACGAAGUGAAAUGGAUGGGCCUGUUGAGAACGGCCUCCGGGCUCCGGUCAGCACCUACCAGUAUGCGCUGUCCAACGGAGACGUCUGGAAAGUGCACGAGGUGCCUGACUACAACAUGGCCUAUGGCAGCCCCGGCGUGGCCGAUGCCACCCCUCCCUGGAGUGGCUACAAGGAACAGAGCCCCCAAACGCUUCUGGAGCUGAAGCGGCAGCGGGCUGCGGCCAAGCUGCUCAGCCACCCGUUCCUGAGCACCCACCUGGGCAGCAGCAUGGCCAGGACGGGCGAGAGCAGCAGCGAAGGCAAGGCCCCCUUGAUCGGAGGCAGAACUUCCCCGUACAGCAGCAACGGAACGUCGGUAUAUUACACGGUCACCAGCGGAGACCCCCCGCUCCUGAAGUUCAAGGCCCCCAUGGAGGAGAUGGAGGAGAAAGUCCAUGGUUGCUGCCGCAUCUCCUAGUCUCUGUGCGACGGAGGAGAGAGAUGCUUCGGGGGAGGGUCUCUGGAAUCCAGGCCCACCCAGCAGCCCCAGCUGGGGAGACAUCAGAGGGCAGCUUGUGGGGAGGUGGGCUCUGCUUUCCAGAGGAACGCUGACCCCACCUCUCAGCCAGCGGCCCGUAGCAUCGCCACUUCCCGCGGUUCUGCUUCUUGCUGCAUUGUCUGUCAUCAGAAACAAGGCCCAUAGUGGCUUCCUGACUCACCCUGCUGUCAGAUUUUGGGAGGGGGGGGCUGGGAUUCCAGUUCUGUUGUCGGUAAAGGCUUCUCUGGACCAGUACCCGCAUAUCACAUAUCAGCGUGUGCACACGCACACACGCACACACACAUGCACACGCUCAGCCAUGUGUAGGAAUGACCCAGCUGGGCUCAUGGGAAGCAGGUGGGACUGAUCAUUUAUGGGCUCUUCUCCAAAGGAUGGAGGCUGACUCAGUUUCAUCACCACUGCCAACGUGGCUUUAGCAGGGAAGGGGGCCUGCUGAGUGGAGACCCACAGUCCUACUCGGAGUCCGGGAUUGGGGCCACCGUCCACAUCCGGAAGGAGCAGGAGGUCUGCUCUUGGAUCAGAGGGAGGUAUGAACCCACAUGGGUCCAUGAGAUGAGCGGUGGCCUGCUCUCCACAGCGUGGCCCAUGCCGGGAGCCAGCUGUGUGACCACCCGGAGGCCGAGGGGGGAGCAACAGGCUCUUCCAUCCCUGGAAUAAUCCAAAUCACAUUUUACGUUUGGAUGGAAGUAUCAAGAAUUGGAGAGGAGGGGGAAUCAAAUUGUGUGUCCUGAAGUGCAUUUGUUAAAAGAAUUCUUGUAGGCUGCAAAACACCAGGUGGGAGGUGACUGAAUGCUUCCUUGCUUUCUUUCCUGGAGAGCAUCAUGAUCACUAGUUGACUGGCUGGUGUUGGGAGCACAGAGCUGAGGGAGGAGCUUGCCUUAGAAGGGCUUUCCAGGAUGAGGAGGGAGUUGGUGUUAAUUACUUCAAGUGCCCUGGGCGAUCUUUGUGAAUAUUCAGGUGGUUUCAGUGCAGCCUCUGUCAGCAGCCUUCCUCAGCCCAAGCCAUCAGAGGGAGCAGGGAGGUGAGGGACCGCUGGGACCCCCCACUCCUCUCAGUGUAAAUGCGUGGGACCCCUGGCCCAGCUUUGCCUUUUCUGGAAUGCUUGGGGAGACAAGUUUGCCAGGUGGCCCUUGUGAGAUCCUGCCUGGCCCAGGGACUGCUCCCAGCCUGCUCCUGUGGGAGUGGUGACGCCCCCCGGACUGCAAAUCCAAGGUGCCCAUGGCCCAUAGCCUGCAUUACAUUCUGGAGAGCAGUGGUGGGGGUGGUUGGGCCUCAGCAUGGCCCAGUGGUCUCCCAGACCCUGCCCACCACCUCUCUACUGUAAUUUCUCAAGAGCCCCCUUGAAAUUGCUGCCCAUGAGUUGGGUACUGUCCAUAGGCUCAGUCAAUCCUACUGGUGUACUUAAUAAGCAGUGGGAUUAUUUCCUGCUCUGUGCACCUUUUAUUUGUUCUAAAACUACCUCCUUAGAGCUCUGAAAUGGUCCCCUAGGCCCAGAUUCUGGGAUUUGGGGGACAGCUCUGGGUUCCCUCUAAUCUUCUUCCUUCUGAGCCUAUGCGAAAUUCUCCCUGAGGGGCACCCGGGCCAGGGGGCUGGAGGAGCCUCCCUUGUGCCACAGUUCUAGUAAUGGGGUCUGCUGCUUAUCAGUUCCAGUCCCCACUGUGGCCUCCAUGGCCCCCUAGCCCAGAGAGGGAGUUGGAUCCCAGGGGCCCUGGCUGAUGCUUUCCCAAGGAGCAGGGCAGCUGGACCAGAGGGCUCAGUGGAGUCACUGUCGACCCAAUGGCUCCUGGGUGCAGGGAGGGUCACAGCACCAGCCCCAGCUCCGGGACAGAUCUGGUCGAGGGUGGAGGAGCAGCUCAGGAGACUGCAGACAGGUAGGCAUGGUGCCUCCCAUGUUCCUGGUGUCUGGGACAGACUCUCCAUCACGUCAGCCUCGAGCUGCAGCAGGGCAGAGGUGAUCCAGAACACACAUACUUUUGGCUUUAAAAUAGUGUUCAGAUUAGACUGACCCUGAAUUCCUCUUGAGCCAACAUAAGCUGUAAGCAGAAGAGUGCCAAGGGAAGCCAUACACUCCUAGGAGGGCGCUGUGCUCAGGAGCUGGAGACUGGAGGCACGUAUUACCCACUCUGAGUGCUUGUGGCUGUUCCUUCCUUUCCCCUCACUUGUUGCCUCCUGGGCCAUUCAUCUCCCAUCUAGAAGGCCAGGAAUCCCACUGAUUCCCUGACAGGAGCCACCUGCAGACUCGGGCAUUUUAGCCCUCAUUUGCAGCCGGGGUAAGCCAUUCCUCAUUAGGGCUUCCUGGGGAGCUUUUCCUGUGGGUCUCCUUGAUGCCAAGGAACAAGGUGGGGUCACGGUGUUUCAUUUAUUUGCUCAUGUCAUUUAUUGAGUAGCUGAGACACAUCAGGCACUCUGUUAGAUUCUGGGGAUAACGGAGGAAUGAGACAGGCUGAGGAGACUGGGUUUUACAGUUUUCAUUCCUUAAGGACCACAGGUAUCAGCAGGCCCAUUCAAUUCAUUUGAGACAGAGUGACCUCAUCCUGGUCCUGCUUCAAUCCAGUUUCUAGCUCCUAGACUCCCUAGAGUACGAAACCCUGGGGCAAGGAAGCUAUUGCCAUGGCCGACCCUGGAUGACAUUUGUCAUUAAAUGCAGAUGCUGGGUCUGGAGUUCUAGGGAGACACCAUUGCAAGUCUAUUUGGAACUUUCCGAUAUAGCAGCCUUCAGGCCAGUGUCUUUGGGGCAUUGUAUAAUAGCAGUUGGAGGUCAGUAUGUAGAAGAACAGUCUGGAAUUUGCUGCCAAAUGUGUCUCAGGUUGUGAAACUCAUUUUUGCUCAUUUAUCAUGGAGUCCUCCUGCCCCACUGAUGGCUAAUGGGAGGCGAGUAGCUUCUCCCUUAACGCUGAAGGCUUUCCUCGUGUGUCUGCCUCUCCUCCUGGGAAGUGUGGAGCAAGGAGCUGGAAGAAAGCUAGUGAGGUCUACCAGAUGCCCAGCUCCCCUUGAGACCAGGUCUGGUGGCAGUUCCUGGCCGAUUAAAGGAGGCCACUUCCAGAGCAUGUGCCACGUGGCUCACUGUGAGCUCUGGCCUUUGCUCCCCCACUCUGUGCCCCAAAACCACUGAAAAUUGGUGGCCAUCAUGAGAUAGUGAGUUUCCAGCCAGUAGCUCAGGGGAGUUGAAUAAGCCCAGAUCUACUGAAGAGUUCAGGAUAUAAUUCUCCAUCAAAGAUGUAGCAGUGAUUAAACUGCUCUGCACUGUUUGGUCAAUUUCACUGGGCUUAGGGACACAAACAAGGGGGUGUCCCUUGUCCUACCCCACCGCAGCUUGCUGGCUUUGUAGUAAGAUUUUGGUGAUUGAUGUCAGAUGCCUUUUGAUCUUGAGCUCUCUCUCUCUCCCACUUGCUUUCCCAAAGCAGGAUACUGGGGCACUUUCAAGAAGUGCAGUUUUUACAAGAUACCCAGAAGGACUGUAUUUAACUCUUGCUAUUGUGGCCUGGGGACAGCCUCCCCCACCCCAGUGCACACAAGAGGAAAGGGUCAUGUGGUCAGUGGUUGACUCUGCAGAAGUGACCCCGUUUGCCAGAAGCUGUAGACCUCUCCUUGACAGGAGACUCUUGUUGGCUGGUUCUCCAGAGGGCCUGCUUCCCACGGGCAUUGCAAGUGCCGCAGUGCGGGGGCCUGGCUCUGCGCGCUGAGGAAAAGUCUGCAGACCCCCAGCCCUCCGCAAUAAUUCACCAGACCAGAAGCCACUGAUGUACAGAGAACAUUUAAGAAAAAUGUAUUUUAUGUGAAAAAAAAGUUAAAACUCUGUAUACUGUAUCAGCAGCUUUGUGUAAAAAUGGCAAUCAAGAGAGUCUAAUAUAUUUAAAACUUUUUUAAAAAAAAUCCUCGCGGAUCUUUGAUAUUGUAUUGAAGUAACUUCCAGUUAGCUCCUUGCCAUGUGGCAGUGGUGGGCCUCGAUCCAAGACCGUGGCUCGACCACGCCCCAAAGGGGCAUGCCCCUGGAGUUGCUUCCAGCUGCCAAGGCCUGUGACAAAAUUCACUGUUGAGAGUUUUUAAUUAAGAUUAUUAAAUUCCUUUUAAUAACA